AUGCCUGGUCAGGCCGGCGACGACAAGACGCCAAUCACCCAUCCCAUCCCGUCACGAUCGCCUGUCACGCAUAAAAAUCAAGCAAUGAAGAAGAUCAAAAAAAUCGUUCGUCGCAUCCGCAAGCGGGUUUCGGCCAUGCGCAAUUCAAUCCGAGCAAGAGCCUCGGCAAUACGCAACUCAAUCCGAGCAAGGGUUUCGGCAAUACACAUAUUUACCAAAGCGACGGCUUCGGAGGUCUUGCACGAGUCUGACCGAGUCGUGAAUGUAGUUUCAACACCCCAGAGGAUGCCGUGUGCGUAUUCUGAUAGCGAGCUCCGUUACAUCAGCCCUUGGUCUGAACCCGAAUUCAAGCAAAGGAGCUUGUUGCUAUUUGAAAAGCCGUGGCAAUCAUUCGAAGACAAGUUCCAGUCCGAUAUGACAAGAUAUCCGUCAGAGAUGAUUGUGGACCGAAGCAGCCCAUGCCCACUCAAUUGGCUGCCUGUGAAAGUUCGCGCCAAGAUAUGGAAGUAUGUCUUUGGAGACACCAAGGAGCCCAUCUUUCUCACGAAGGAUGGUAUCGCACCGAAGAUUCAUGCUUCCAUGCGAUCUGUAUCGCACGACUGGAUGUCAGAGGCAUGGCUUGCAUGGUUCAAUGCGAUGAGCGCUCGGACUCUGGUGGUGGUGGAUUUCCCUCGACACGCCUACCUUCGACAACCCUGCCCAAUCCUACGAAACCUAUCGACAGUCCGACUUCGGGCAAUCAAGUUCACACUCGGUGAUAAUGACGAAGAGAAGGCCUUCAGGAGAAACCGACAGUUUCUCAGAUUUAUCUUGAAGCAUCGAGACUGUGAAUUUCUUGCUGUUCGCACGCUGAUUCUCGAGCUGAGAAAAAAUUGGACAGCUGGGGAUAUCACCGAGAUCGAUCUUGCGGACCUGCUGACAUGUGGUCCAUUUGCCCACAUCGAAAGGAUUCGAAUCCACGGAUGGAUUACAAGUGAGAGACUGGACCGGUUUCUGAAGCGAGCCGAGUGGAGGGCACAAGCCUCGUUCUGA